AUGAAUGGCCUGGCCCAGGUCUUCAGAACACGGGCCAAGGACCAGGGCAAGGCGGAGCUCAUCCAGACAGGGGAGAGCAGCGCCGGAGCCGCCCCCAAGCAGCGCAAUGACCCUGGCAAAAGGAAACGGAUCCUGGACCCGUCUGGGGACUAUUAUUACUGGUGGCUCAUUCUGAUGGUGGUCCCCAUCCUGUACAACUGGAUCAUCCUCAUUUGCAGGUCCUGCUUUCUGGACUUACAGCAGAAAUACCUCUUGGUGUGGCUGGCCCUGGACUACCUGUGCGACCUGCUGUACCUGCUGGACAUUGUGGUGCAUUUCCACACCGGGUUCCUGGAGCAGGGCAUCCUGAUUCAGGACCGGUCCCAGAUCUCCCGGCGCUACCGGCGGACCUCCACCUUCUUCUGGGACCUCGUCUCUGUGCUCCCCACAGACUUGCUAUACCUGUACCUGGGGAUGAACACACCAGCAGUCCGGGCCAACCGCUUCCUGCGCACCCCUCGGCUCUUUGAGGCCUUUGACCGGAUCGAGACGCGCACGGCCCACCCCAACACCUUCCGCAUCGCCAAGCUGAUGCUCUACGUCUUCGUCACCAUCCACUGGAACAGCUGCUUCUACUUCGCGCUCUCCGGCUUCAUCGGCUACGGGGCGGACGAGUGGGUCUACCCCAACAUCAGCGCGCCCGAAUUCAACCGGCUCCUGCGCCAGUACCUGUACAGCUUCUAUUUCUCCACGCUCAUCCUGACCACGGUGGGCGACACGCCCAUGCCCCAGCGGGAGGAGGAGUUCCUCUUCAUGGCCGUGGACUUCCUGCUGGCCGUCAUGGGCUUCGCCACCAUCAUGGGCAGCAUGACCUCCGUCGUCUCCAACAUGAACCAGGCCGAUGCGGCCUUCUACCCCGACCACGACCUGGUGAAGGACUACCUGCACACGCACUGCGGCAACCACCGCCUCCGGCGCCACGUGGUCGACUGGUACCAGCACCUGCAGAUGGAGAAGAAGAUGACCAACGAGCUGCAGAUCCUGCAGCACCUUCCCGAGCGCCUGCGGGCCGAGGUAGCCGUCAGCGUCCACCUGCCCACCCUCCGCAAGGUGCAGAUCUUCCAGCACUGCGAGCAGAGCCUGCUGGAGGAGCUGGUGCUGAAGCUGACGCCCCUGGUCUACAGCCCCGGCGAGUACGUCUGCAAGAAGGGCGACGUGGGCCGGGAGAUGUACUUCAUCCGCGAGGGGCAGCUGGCCGUGGUGGCCGACGACGGCGUGACCCAGUAUGCCGUGCUGGGAGAGGGGCUGUACUUCGGGGAGAUCAGCAUCAUCAACAUCAAAGGGAACAAGUCCGGGAACCGGCGCACAGCCAACAUCAAGAGCAUCGGUUUCUCGGACCUCUUCUGCCUGUCCAAGGAGGACCUGACGGAGGUGCUGGCCGAGUUCCCCAACGCCAAGACCCUGCUGGAGGCCAAAGGCCGGGAGAUCCUGCUCAAGAUGGACAAGCUGGACAUCAACGCAGAGGCCGCAGAAAUUGCACAGCAGGAGGAGGAGCAGCGUCGGGCGGCCGCCCUCGAGGAGGGCCUGGACCUGCUGCAGACGAAGCUCGCCCGGAUCUUGGCUGGGCUGGAGUCCAGCGCCUUCAAGAUGGCCCUGCGCCUGGAGCACCUGGAGUGGCAGAUGCGCGAGUGGGGCGAUGGGGAGGAGGAGGAGGAGGAGGAGGAGGAGGAGGAGGAGGAGGAGGAGGAGGAGAGGGAGGCAGGGGCAGAGCCUUAA